AUGUCGGCAGGGUCCUCUCGGACUCGGCAAGCGGCAUCCGCCGCUGGUGGAGUGCGCCGCAUGCGUUGGACAAGAGAUAUGAACGCAAACGCAUUGCGGGCGUACUAUAGGGCGAAAGGGGAAGAAACUAAGGGGAUAGCGUAUCGGGCUCGGAUGCAUUGCUUUUUUGCUGAGCUGGAGCCGUCUAUUCCCGUUACGGAACAAAACCUGGCAGACCGAGUUCGGUACAUCAUGCGCUCGAAAAUAUUUGAUGAUGCCGAGCUCGAACGACUACGGCGUGAGGCCAUUCCCUCAUCGAAUGAAUUGGCUACGGCUGGGGAUGCGGCUCCUCAGGCGACAGACCAGCUGCCACGCGUAGAAGCUGCCAUGGAUCUUCAGUUGUGGUUGAUUCCGACGAUGAUGAAAUGGUCUCCCACGAACUAG